AUGACCGACACGCUCCGGUCUGCAACCAGAUGUCCGCCCCUCCGGCAGGCCCGGGGGACGGUACUUAAUACCAUCAAGGAGGAUACCCGCGAAUCGCAAUUCGACCAGAGCUCUGGCAGUUCAUCCCCACCUCGACCUCGACCGGGAACAGCCAACCCGCAGUUGAAGCUGAAGACCAGCGGGCUAGCGGUGCCCACACAGGCCCGGCUGGCUCGUCUCAUGUCACCUCUCUCGGCGGAGACGACGUCCUCCUGCUCGGACGCAGAGUGGGACCAGCAAAUGCAAGGAUUCGAUGACCUCUACGAUGUUACGGACGAGGAAGAUCUCGAUGACGGCAAUGAGACCGACAUCAGCGACUCAUGCUUUUCCCCGCCCGGCACGCGAGCGUCGAGCUUGGUGACACCAAUCACGAGGAACUCGGUGACUUCGACCGGGAGUCGGAAAGGGUAUCUCACCCUCGAGAUCCCCUCCCCCACGGUAUGGUCAUCCGCCAACGGGACUCACAAGAGUUCGCCAAUCCCACCGACUCCUCCGCCCAAGAUCCCCGUCUCUCCCGCGGCACUCUCGAUGCUCGCCCGCUCUGUGCCGGCUUCUCAUGCCCCGCCCUCUCUGGAUGGGAGUAUUUCGUCCGAUCAAGAUUCCAACAUCAGCGCACUGGCCACCCCCGAUACUCACUCCCUGCCCGAUACCAACUGGGACACGCAGGAUGUGCAUGUUCGACCGGACCCUGACGGCAGUGAGACUGGGGAAGUAGAAGACGAGGAUGAUAGUGCGGACAUCGAAACAGUGCCCAUUGCCCUUGAGAACUCAAAUGAGGGCUGGCGCUAUGUCCUGGGCCAGUUCCCGCAGAUUCCCACGGCCGCCCAGAACAAUUCAUCUUCGUCUUCGUUGCACCUCAACGACGAGCCCGCACGGGAGCCGACGCCAUCGGAUAGAGGAGUAUACCUGCCUGACGAUGCGCUGGCAAUGCUGCAGCACAUUCCGCUCAAUGGCACACCAGAGUCAUGGUCUGAAAGUUCCGAAGGAAACGAUGAAAUGUGGCAGCUCCAAGCACCCCCUAACCGCCCGCGCAGUGCUGAUGGAGCCACCCCGGUAUCCGACAUGUCUGGGUAUAGCUUUAGUGAUCUGAGCAUCCCUUCCCCCGGUGGCUUCUUCGCUUCGCUGGGUGGCCGUGCUCGCCACACUUGGUCGAUCCCGAUCAAUAACCAUGCACCCUCUUCGGCCAUUGCUGAAGGUUUCUACAAUCUGCCAUGGUCGCAGGAUCAAGGAGAGAUCGUGGAACAGGCCAUUGAGUGGCCUGAACGCCAAUCUGGCGAAGACCCUGUCACGGCAGUCCGCGACGAAGACGGCCCGCCUACCGCCAUUCGACUGCCUUGCGAGACACCAACUCGGCGCAUGUAUUACCAAGAAAGCCCAAUGAGUACCACCUUUGAUGCCGUCCAGGAGAUCCCUCGUUCCGGGAACGGGUAUGAGUACGACGAGCGCUAUGAAGAAGAGCUACAAGAGCGCUCCGUGGCUAGCCUGGACCGCACAAGUGAUUGGUUGGCUGCCCAAGCAUCCUAUCUCGCAGCUCUCAAUGAAACCAAUCCUGUGAACGAGAUUGACCCGAUGAAAGAGCCGCAUGAGGUCGAUGUUGUGGAAGACGAGGAAUCGUCCGAGCUCGCCCCUAGAAAGACUGUUCGAUUCGCCGAGGGGAUUCCCAAGGCUAUCAGUACGCAACCAUCGGUUCUCGCUAGCAAAGUCUCCAUAUAUUGGCGAGGCUUUCAGUCUUUACUGCACCGCUCUGGCAAGGCAGAUGGGUUCCUGCAUCGCAAUAUGCGGUUUGACGCGGUCCAGUCGAUGCGACUGGGAUUGCCCGACCUGCACAUCAACUGCUUAAUGGGCAAGUAUGAGCUCGUUCGUCCGGAGCGGCCAGCCUACAAAGGCCCUUUCUCUCAAGCGCCCCACAAGUCGACCACCACAACAGUGUUGGCUGAAAAAGCACAGUUCUCGAAACUUGAGAAAGAACAGCUCGUUCUCGCUCAGCUUUGUGAACCUAUGUGGGCGAUGGCCGCCCUCCGCUAUCUCAAUGGUGGCCAUCUCCUCACCAGUCCCGCAAGAAAACUGAUCGCACGCACUCAGCAGCCAGUACGCACGCCAGAGGGGUCGCGCACACGACGCCUGCGAAUAUUGGAUCUCGGCGGGCACGCAUCCUGCGAGUGGGGCUGGCAUGCCGCCCACGAAUUUCCACAGGCAAAGGUGUACACGGCUUUCACCAAGGAGCAGGCCGUGAGCAGUGGGAUCAAGGGUCCACGUAACCACCGCCAGGUCUCCGUGUCUCACCUUUGGGAGCUUCCGUUUGGAAACAACCAAUUUGACGUCAUCUCUGCCCGCUCCUUGCCCGCCCUGCUCAAGGCCGAAUGCCCUGGCGGACGGGAUCGGGAUCAAUAUGACUUGGUUCUCCAAGAAUGCCUCCGCUGCCUCAAACCGGGGGGGUAUCUUGAGUUCCUUGUCCUCGAUGCCGAGAUGUCGCGCGCCGGCCCUCAUGCCUCUGCAGCGUCAGUUGAGUUUGCUUUUAAUCUCCGCAGCCGCGGAUACGAUCCCGCUCUGUCGAAGAGUUUUCUCGGGCGCCUACGCAACGGGGGUUUUAUGGGAAUUAAACGUGCCUGGAUGUUCCUCCCCGUCGGGAUGGAGCCAGCCGAGCAACCACCUCCGAGGGAGACCCCGAAUCCACGGGUUCCCAGUCAAAUCGAAGGGUGUGAAGCAGUGCAAGGGCCGAUUGGUAGCACGGGCGAUAUCGCCAACGUGACGGGUCUUCUGGGUGGUUGGAUGUGGGAGCAAUGGCUCCUGAAGUUGCGCAUGGAGAUGGGGCGAGAGCGGGCCCAGCUGCUCGAGGGUGUUGGCCCUCUGUUUGACGAGGGUAGGAAGAGCGGAGCAGGCUGGACCUGCUUGUCUGGAUGGGCCAUGAAGCCGAGACGCCGGAAGCCUGUUGGCCCUUUGCGGGUGCGGACGAUGUAA